CGGCAACAAAUGUCACCGGGGUCGCCUUCUUGAAGAAAUCAAAUAAGUACUUCUUUAAAUUCUUCCAACUUCCAACAAACGAGAAGCGAAAGCGAUUAUCGACUUGAAAUAGAAUUGUACUGUGUGCGGUUGUGUCCCAUUUUCAAUUCUGGCUCUGUGCAUUUUACUCUUGUAUUUAUAUUUCCUCAUUCUAAUUGAUUCAAAUUCACGAGAAAUGAAAGACACAACGAACUUUCCACCUCUGAAGAACGAUAAUGUUCUGCGGGCAGCUCGUGGCGAAGCAGUUGACAGAGUUCCAGUAUGGGUUAUGCGACAAGCCGGUCGUUAUUUGCCAGAAUUUCAAGAAGUCCGCAAGGAACAUGACUUCUUCGAAGUGUGUCAAACUCCGGAGAUAGCGUGUGAGGUGACAAUGCAACCUCUGCGUCGCUUUGAUCUCGAUGCCUCGAUUAUCUUCUCAGACAUUCUGGUAAUACCACAGGCCUUCGGAAUGACCGUAGAAAUGCAUCCUGGAGUCGGACCGGUCUUCCCACAGCCCCUAGAGACACCGGCCGACUUGGCUAAGUUAACCCCAGAUGGAGCCGUUGGCAGGUUGACAUACGUUGGCGAUGCCAUCACCAUGAUGAGGCAUAAACUCGAUGGUAAAGUUCCUCUAAUUGGAUUCACAGGAGCACCAUGGACCCUAAUGGGUUACAUGAUCGAAGGUGGUGGCAGCAAAACCAUGUCCAAGGCUAAAUCGUGGCUUGAAAAUCAUCCAGAAGACUCCAAAAAGCUUCUAUCGAUGCUUACCAAUGGCAUCGUAGAUUACUUGGAAAUGCAAGUUAAAGCCGGUGCUCAGAUGCUUCAAGUUUUUGAAUCCAGUGCUGAGCAUCUACCUAAAGAAACAUUCCUCGACAUUGCUGUGCCUUAUAUCAAACAAAUCCGAGAUGACUUAGUGGAGAGGCUAGAUAAGCAAGGAAUAGCCAAAGUUCCAAUGGUUCUGUUUGCCAAGGGAGCUGGACACUCACUUAAGGAACAAUCGAAGCUUGGUUACGAUGUGAUUGGAAUCGAUUGGACUGUCGAUCCCAUCGAUGCCAGGAAAGAAGUUGGACCAAAUAUUACGUUGCAGGGCAAUUUAUGGCCGGAGGACAUGUACAAGACUCCUGAGGAAAUUCGUGCCUUAACUACUGAAAUGGUAAAGAAAUUUGGAAAGACGAGGUAUAUUGCGAAUCUUGGACAUGGCAUCACUCCCAAAACACCCAUUGUCAGUAUGGAGACAUUUGUUGAUGCAGUACACAAUGCUUUUUAAGUUUAUUGUUUUGUAUUUAUUGGAAUAAAGGAAAAUAUUAUUUGUUACUCUUCAACGGGAAUA